GACUGAAUAAAGAAUGGAGAGGCCCCUUCAGGCUGCCAGACUUGCAUCACUGCCGCCACUGUGCCAUUAUCUCCAUGAUGAAUGCCAUGUAUUUGGGAAAACAAAAGGAAAAUACCUAGCACGAUGGAGGGUCCUCGUUCAGAUAUGGGGCGUUCAGAUGUGGGCCGCUGGGGUGGCAACCCCUGGCAACCUCCCACCACACCUUCGCCAGAGCCAGAGCCAGAGCCAGAGCCAGACAGGCGCUCCCGCAGAGGAAGAGGCCGUUCCUUCUGGGCUCGCUGUUGUGGCUGCUGCUCCUGCCGGAACAGGGCUGAGGAUGACUGGGGGCCCGAGCCCUCUGGAUCCAGAAGUCGAGGGUCCAGCUCUCGGGGGGGCCGAAGACCUGACUCCCGGGGCAGUGCCGUCAACGCAAUUGGGGAUGGCACCAUCAGAGAGGGUAUGCUGGUGGUGACUGGGGUGGAUCUGCUGAGCUCACGCUCAGACCAGAACCGCCGAGAGCACCACACCGAUGAGUUCGAGUACGAUGAGCUGAUUAUACGCCGAGGGCAGCCCUUCCACAUCAUCAUCUUCCUGAACCGUGAACCUGAGUCCUCUGACCGCAUCGCCCUUGAGCUGCUCAUCGGAAACAACCCUGAAGUGGGCAAGGGCACCCACGUGAUCAUCCCAGUGGGCAAGGGGGGCAGUGAUGGUUGGAAAGCCCAGAUAACCAAGACCAGAGGGAAUAAUCUGAAUCUCCGGGUUCAUACCUCUCCAAAUGCCAUCAUUGGCAAGUUUCAGUUCACUGUUCGCACACGCUCAGAGGCUGGAGAGUUCCAGUUGCCCUUUGACCCUCACAAUGAGAUCUAUAUCCUCUUCAACCCCUGGUGCCCAGAGGACAUCGUGUAUGUGGACCAUGAGGACUGGCGGCAAGAAUAUGUGCUUAACGAGUCUGGGAGAAUUUACUAUGGAACAGAAGCACAGAUUGGCGAGAGGACCUGGAACUAUGGCCAGUUUGACCACGGAGUGCUAGAUGCCUGCCUGUAUAUCCUGGACCGUCGGGGGAUGCCAUAUGGAGGCCGUGGGGACCCAGUUAGUGUCUCUCGCGUCAUCUCUGCCAUGGUGAACUCACUGGACGACAAUGGAGUCCUGAUUGGGAACUGGUCUGGUGAUUACUCUCGAGGCACCAACCCCUCAGCAUGGGUGGGCAGUGUGGAGAUUCUGCUUAGCUACCUACGAACUGGCUAUUCGGUCCCCUAUGGCCAGUGUUGGGUCUUUGCUGGUGUGACUACCACAGUUUUGCGAUGCCUGGGCCUAGCUACCCGUACUGUGACCAAUUUCAACUCUGCACAUGACACAGACACGUCCCUUACUAUGGAUAUCUACUUUGAUGAGAACAUGAAGCCACUUGAGCAUUUGAACCAUGAUUCUGUUUGGAACUUCCAUGUAUGGAAUGACUGCUGGAUGAAGAGGCCAGAUCUGCCCUCGGGCUUUGAUGGGUGGCAGGUUGUGGAUGCCACACCCCAGGAAACCAGUAGUGGCAUCUUCUGCUGUGGCCCCUGCUCUGUGGAGUCCAUCAAGAAUGGCCUAGUCUACAUGAAGUAUGACACACCCUUCAUUUUUGCAGAAGUGAAUAGUGACAAGGUGUACUGGCAGCGGCAGGAUGAUGGCAGCUUCAAGAUUGUGUAUGUGGAAGAAAAGGCCAUUGGCACACUCAUUGUCACAAAGGCUGUCAGCUCCCACAUGCGGGAGGACAUCACCCACAUCUAUAAGCACCCAGAAGGCUCAGAUGCAGAACGGAAGGCUGUGGAGACAGCAGCUGCACAUGGCAGCAAACCCAAUGUGUAUGCUACCCGGAACUCGGCCGAAGAUGUGGCAAUGCAGGUGGAGGCACAGGAUGCAGUGAUGGGGCAGGAUCUGACAGUCUCCGUGGUGCUCAGCAAUCGUGGCAGCAGCCGUCGCACUGUGAAGCUGCACCUGUACCUUUCUGUCACUUACUACACUGGUGUCACCGGGUCCACCUUUAAGGAGACCAAGAAGGAAGUGGCACUGGCACCAGGAGCCUCUGAAAGUGUGACCAUGCCUGUGGCCUACAAGGAAUACAGACCUCACCUCGUGGACCAAGGAGCCAUGCUGCUCAAUGUCUCUGGCCAUGUCAAGGAGAGUGGACAGGUGCUAGCUAAGCAGCACACCUUCCGUUUACGCACCCCUGACCUCUCCCUCACAUUACUGGGAGCAGCAGUGGUUGGUCAGGAAUGUGAAGUACAGAUCGUGUUCAAGAACCCCCUGCCCAUCACCCUCACCAAUGUGGUCUUCCGGCUUGAAGGCUCCGGGUUACAGAGACCUAAAGUCCUCAACGUUGGGGACAUCGGGGGCAAUGAGACAGUCACACUGCGCCAGACGUUUGUGCCUGUACGACCAGGCCCCCGCCAGCUCAUUGCCAGCUUGGACAGCCCACAGCUCUCCCAAGUGCAUGGUGUCAUCCAGGUGGACGUAGCCCCAGCCUCCAGAGAUGGGGUUUUCUCAGAUGCUGGAGGUAACAGUCGCCCCGGAGAGACAAUACCAAUGGCAUCUCGAGGUGGAGCUUAGCCCUGGAGCAGGAGCAAUGGGACUGGAGUCAGAUGAACAAGGACACUGCCCCAAGAUGGGGGCCCCACACAGAGCAACUCCCCAAGGGUGUCGGGGAAAGAACUAAUCUUCGCCUGUAUUAGGUGGCACAGAUAAUAAACUUUUGUAAUGAA